AUGCUGAUGCUUGAAAGGACAAUCUAUUACAGAGAAGGCACCUCAUCGCUAUUCAAGGGCUUGGGACCGAGCCUUGUAGGUGUAGUUCCAGCAAAAGCAAUUCACUUCUAUACGUACGGAAACACAAAGACUGCACUGUCUCAACGGUUUGGAGACUCAAGUUGGAUCCAUGUGAUAUCAGCAGUAACAGCAGGAAUUGUUACAGCAACAGCAACCAACCCAAUUUGGGUCAUUAAGACACGAUUACAGUUGGACAAAAGCACGUAUAACACGUAUACGAGUGGAUGGGAGUGUACACGGAAGAUUAUACGUGAAGAGGGGAUACACGCUUUAUACAGAGGAAUGAGUGCGUCCUACUUGGGGGUUUCAGAAAGCACAAUUCAGUGGGUGCUGUAUGAGUGGUUUAAGAAAGAGAUUGGCAAGAGGCGGACACUCGAUAUACAUAGCACAAAUAAUGCAAAUAAUACACAGAAUAUACACAAUACAUGUAAUACGUAUAAUGUGCAAAAAAAGUAUUGUGAGAAAAGAGGAGAAUUGCAAGGGAAAUGGAAAGAAUGGCUGUGGCAAGUGGGCGCAGCAGGAGCAGCCAAGCUCAUAGCAACGGUCGCCACAUACCCACAUGAAGUAAUAAGAACACGGCUACGACAGGCACCCAAAGAAAGCGGGAAAGGCAAAUAUAGAGGACUGGUGCAGUGCUUCCAAGUAGUAUGGAAAGAAGAGGGGCUUUGGGGGCUGUAUGGAGGGCUAACGGCACAUCUGCUGAGAGUGAUUCCGAAUGCAGUGAUUAUUUUUGGAUCAUAUGAGCUAGUAAUGAGUUUUUUUGCAGAACGGGUGGAAAAAAGUAAAGUAAAAUAA